AUGGAGUCCCGCAAAACCCCUCCGGAGUACUUCCUGGAGAUCUUCGCCGACACCACGACGGUGCGAGAUGUGCUGAAAGGCGUCCUCAACCUCAUCUUCUUCCACCGCUACUUCCCCUCCACCCGCCCCGUCAGCUUCGACGUGCUCGACUUCACCCUCCCCGCCAUAAACGAUGCCGACCUCGAGACUUUGAUUGAGUCGCGUGUCGCUGCUCUAGUCCGCCAGCACCUCUCCUCCGCCGCCGGUGCCCAGGAUGGGAAAGCCGGUGGCGGCGGGGGUGUGCGCGGGCGCAUCGCGGUCGAGUUCUACGAGAAGAAGCGGCGUCGCUCGGGAAUGUGGUUUGGCGGACUGGCAGGGAAGGGCGAGGAGGAGGUAUGUUGGGAGAUUUGGACGCUGGAUGUGACCAUCGCGACGCCGCGCACCGAGUCCGAACGGGCAAAGGUCCGCAAGGCUAUGGGGAACAUGCUCCAGAAAGCUGCCCUGAAGAUUCUCACUGUUGUUAACCGAGACAAAGACCACAUCCCGCCCAUUACGACCAGCGACUCUAACCCCUUCCCAUAUCGGAUUGUUGUCAAUCCUCGCACAGACGGCUGGGGCAACCGCAUCGGACUGUAUUGA